CUCAGAAAAUGUUUGUCAUAUUUGGUUUUCUGUUGAUGAUCGCAGUGGGCUGUUGUAUAAACGAUCAGAACUUUGAGAUAAAAUCUGUUGUUCCUCAACAAAAUGUGACUUUGACGUGUCCUCGUACAUUUACUUACAAAGAAAACAUGUAUUGGAUCAGAAUCAUUUCUGGUCACCAUCCUGAAUUCUUGGGAAAAACAAUUGGCUUUGAUUCAAGUGAAGUUCAUCAAACUUCUCGUUUUACAACCAAACAAGGACCUGGAACUUUUGUUCUGCACAUUAAUCAAACUCAGAUGACUGACACUGGACUUUACUACUGCAUCCAGACCAGCUGGACCAACUUGACAUUUUUGAGAAGAGUGUUUCUCAAAGUUCAAGACUCCACAGAUGAUCAGACAUUUGAGACAAAGUCUGUUGCUGCUCAACAACAUGCGACCCUGGAAUGUCCUCGAGAGAAACUUCUGAAUUCUGACAAGCUGUACUGGAUCAGAAUCAUUUCUGGUCACCAGCCUGAACUCUUGGGAAGAACAACGGUCCUUGAUGAUGAACGAGUUCAUAAAACUCCUCAUUUUACAACCAAACAAGAAAAUGAAAUUUUUAUUCUGCACAUUCACCAAACUCAGAUCAAUGACACUGGACUUUACUACUGCAUACGGACCAGCUGGGACAGCAUAACCUUUUUGAGAGGAGUGUUUCUCAAUGUUGAAGGACCCCAAUCUUCCAUCUCUGGCAUCAUUCAAGCUCCUCCGUCUGCUGCGGUCCAUCCAGGAGAGUCGGUGUCUCUGCAGUGUUCGGUCCUCUCUGACUCUGAGAAGAAAACAUGUUCAGAAGAUUACAGAGUUCACUGGUUCAGAGCAGGAUCACAUCAAUCUCACCCCAGUUUCAUUUAUACUCAUGGAAACAAUGCAGGGUGUGGAAAGUCUUCACAGAAAUGUUUCUAUAGCUUCUCUAAGAAGGUCAAUGUCUCUGAUGCUGGUACUUAUUACUGUGCUGUGGCUGCAUGUGGAGAGGUCAUGUUUGGAAAUGGAGCAAAACUGGACAUUAAAUAUGGAGCAAAACUGGACAGAGAAGCCAACACAGCCCUUUACAGUCUUGGUGCAGCUUUUGUUGCAACUAUGAUUGUUUCAGUCUGUCUCAUUUGGACGAAUGAGAAAAAGGAUUGUAACGACAUGAAGACAGUUGUCAUGUACAGCAGAAUGUCUAAAACUGCGAGCAAAACCAGACAGCAGUGAUCAGCAGACAGAUGAAGCUUCAUUGAUCUAUUCUGCACCAACCUUCAGCAGGAAGAAAAGUUACCAAAGCGGAAAGAGGAAACACACCGUCAGAUCAGAAAGAGACGAUCGACACUGAUUUGCUUUUUCACCAAUGAGUAACAAAAAAAAUCAGAUUCUUGUUAUCAUGAUAGUUUUGAUGCUAUGUCUAAAAACAGAAAAAGAAAGAAGGAAUUGCUCUGGAAUAUGAAAACAUUGUCCCACUUAUUGUGAAGUACAGUGUCUUAUUACCUCUGCGUUAUGUAAUCAUUCAAUUGUAUUUUCUUUAUUGAUGUUCGUGACAGUGUCUUCCAUGUAAUCUGACCAUUUUUUAAAAUCUGAAACAAGGUUUUUUUUGUUGAACAACAGCUUCUGCUGGAUGAAACAUUUCAAUUCACUUUAAACAAAUGCACACCUACAAUUUACGUUUGUCAUGUUUUAGACUUUGUUUUCAAGUACAAUCAUUUUUGUACUAUGUACUUAUUUAAAAGCACAGCCACAACAAAGUUGGACCUUAGUAUUACUCAGUUUCAGUCACAAACAACAAUGUGAAGAAAAGAACACAUAUAGCAACUUCCUGAAAUGAAACAAAUUAACACACAAUUUUUAUCCAACUCAAGAUUCAAAAGUAAAACUCAUCAUAUAAGCUGUUUUUACUGGAGAUCGUCCUGAGUGAAAACUAAACUGAGACAUUGUCACAGAGAUGUUUGUCGGAGUCAUUGAAAUGGUCUCUUAACGUAUUGUGAGAAUAAAAAAACCCAUCAAAGAUCCAUCGGUUCCAUUGUGUGUCCCACGGAAACCCUGUUGUGUGUGUUGUUGUUUGAAGACCUAAAAUCUUUUGAGAUCUCAGUGACUUGUUCAAACAGCUCUGUAACAGUGACACCUGUGAAUUUGAAGUGACACAUCAACAACACGUCAUUAGGAAAACUAACCUGUCUCACGAUGGUCUAAACCAGGCGGGCCCACCUCCAGUCCUCAGUGGGCCGCCUUCCUGCAUGUUUUAGUUCUCUCCCUGCAGCAGAACACCUUCACCUCAUCUUGAAGUCAUCCUCAAACUUGUAGAAAAACCCACUGACAAGUCCCUCAUUGCAAUCACUUGUGCUGCAGCUGGGAGAAAGCUAAAACAUGCAGGACAUCAGCCCUUCAGGACCAAGUUCGGACUCCCCUGGUCUAAACUGUCAUGGAAAAAUGCUUUGUCUUCAAGUUUUCAGGAACACAGUGUGAAGGACGCUCUGUUUUGUCUGAAGUCACUUGGUCUCGGGACUGUUCCCCUGAGAACCAACAUGAGAAACAACGUCUGCAAUUCUCGUGAGAUUUGUCUAUAUGACCUGGCAUGGCCGGAAGUCAUGCCAUAGUCGGGCUGGAUUCUCCCAGGAACAACAGCCUUGCUCUCAAUCAGCUGAUUUGUGUGUGCUUCCUCUGCAAUCCUCAAUAAAUCAUCCUUGUGCA